AUGCCUGCCAAGACUUCGGCGAAAACCCAGGCGGCGAAGCCGGCUGAAGCAACCGUCAAGGAAACCGUCUCCACAACGAUGCCUGCGCUUCGGAAAAUGUCAAAGGGGAUGAGCGUGAGCGGAAUGUUUGGCGCGGCAGUCGGGGUGGCCGCCAAGCGCCUCACGAAAGACGCGUUGUACGGCGCUGGGCUUGCCAUCGUUGCACUCCAGGGCCUCAGCUACUUGGGUUACAUCCAUAUCAACUGGAGAAAAGUGGAGGGCGACCUCAACCAGGUGCUGGACGUGAACGCCGACGGGAAAGUGGAUGAAAAGGAUUUCAAGCUCUACUUAAAUCGCUUCAUCAAUUUUGCCAGCAAAGGACUUGGUGACUUGGGUGCAUUUGCUGCAGGUUUUUUUGCAGGGGCCAGGUACCUGGCCUAA